UUGGAGGUUUGAAUAGGGAAGUUUGCAGAGCGCAGUUGUUCCCCAUCCAGUCCGGUGCAGUGUUUGCAAACACCUGGAGCGCAGAGCGAGAAGGGGGGACUCACUCAUUCACUCACUGACGGACAGAACGGACUCUCCUUCUACUAUUGCUGCUGUCUCUACAGCUUCUUCUUCUCCUCCUUCUUCGUGGCAUUGCUGAGGAUCGAUCUGACUCCUCUCUUCAUCCUGCUCUUUUUUGGCUGUUUUUCUACCCUGAAGUGCAGCUGAAUAUUUUGUAAAACACGCUCGGGAAAAAUGGAUGUUCUACCCAUGUGCAGCAUCUUUCAAGAACUUCAAAUAGUUCACGACACGGGCUAUUUCUCAGCCUUACCGUCACUGGAGGAGUACUGGCAGCAGACAUGCCUGGAGUUGGAGCGCUACCUACAGAGCGAGCCUUACGUCUCCACGUCUGACCUCAAAUUCGACAGCCAGGAGGACCUCUGGAGCAAGCUGAUCUUGGCAUGUGGGGACAAGGCCAAGUCCGAGUGCGACCCCACGCUGCCCCGCGCCCAUGAGGAGGACAAUCAAGACAGCCAAAUCUUGGACACCAACAGUGUGAAUUCUGAUGCCAGCAGCGAGGCUUCAGACAGUUCAGAGGAGCUUUCGCCCACACACAGCUUUACCUCCAACCCUCUGGGCUCCGUCCUGGUUGGCUCUGGACCUUUUAGCCCCUCCGUCAUUAGCACUCCUCCGUCCUCUCCGGAGGCCAAUUCAGAGUCUGGUGGUGUGACGAACCGCUGGGUCGCAGCACAUGCAGAGCUGCACCUGCCGGUCAAAAUCAGGAGCGGCGGUGUGGCAAAAAGUACAGAAAAGACGGGACUCAUAAGCGGGGACGCUUCACCUGAUGGCAGGAGGAGGAUACACAGGUGUCAGUUCAACGGCUGUCGCAAGGUUUACACAAAGAGCUCGCACCUAAAAGCACACCAGCGCACUCAUACAGGUGAGAAACCGUAUAGGUGUUCAUGGGAGGGAUGCGAGUGGCGUUUUGCACGAAGCGACGAGCUGACCAGACACUUCAGGAAGCACACCGGGGCAAAGCCAUUUAAAUGCAGUCACUGUGACAGAUGUUUCUCCAGGUCAGACCAUCUGGCCCUUCACAUGAAGAGGCACAUCUAAAGCAGACGGGCACCAACCAAGCAACGCAGCGAGGAGUUUUUUAAAAAGAACAAAAGAAAAAACUUAACGCCGUCUCCCGACCAGUCUCUUGGUUGAACUGUCCCAGAGCAGAGUGGCGGGAGUGUGUUCCAGCCAAAGCAUGCUGUUUUGCACCAUACUGAAACCCAGUGCCUCCGGGACCUCUCUUUGGAGAAAGGCGCUCUGAAGGUUGUCUGUUGCGACAAGAGGACAAAAUCAUGGAUGGGAAAGAAGAAGGAGAAAUCUUUUUUUUUAUUUGAAAAGGACACAUACAAAAAAAAAGACAAAAAAAAAAGAUAGAAUGAAUGAUUUGUAUGUAUGGUGCAUGAUGUUUUGGGGACAUCUCCCAGACAGCAGAUACACUGGUACUUUACAAAACUGUCUGAGGUAAGCAUGUGUGCACUGUGAAUGUCUGAGAUUGGAUCACCGGCCCCCCAGGAAAGAAGAUUUCUGGGAGAAGAAAGGAAUUGAUGGACUGAUUGAUGGAUGGAUGGAGCAGGGCUGGUUCCAAUGUUGCUGUGGACUGAGUGGGUUUCUGGGGGACACUUUCCAUUUGUGAUCCCCUGGAGGCAGGAUGGAGGUUCCUGCCUGUCUGUCUGGCACCUAGACCGGGGAUGGGGGUUCUCCAAAGCUUUUGAGGCCUUGGGUUCCUGACCCUCGGACCCAAACUCCCCCCUCCCUCUGGUCACUGUAUGACAGGAGCUUUUUUGGUGUUUUUGGUGCAGCUACUAAAUGUGCAAUGUGUUAUGUAGCCUGGUUUAUUAUUUUUUUACAAGCUACAAAGCUCAUUUGUAGUCCAAUUGUAUAAGCUGUGUGCUUAGAGGUAUAACACAACUAUACUAUAACUUCAGUAUCAUAGACAGGUGUUGCAUGGUUCUAGGGUUUGUUCAUUUCAUGUUUCCACUGUAAUCAGGACUGCAAAUAGUUUCAAUAAAAGUGCAGCUAAAGUGCAAACGGUUAAAUGUUACAAUAUUGUACAUAAAGCCUUGAUGAUUUCCUCGUUUUUAGUUUGACACCUUCACUCUCAUCUGGCUGGAGAUUUCACCACUGCUUCCUCAUUUUCUCACUCUUCAUCAUAAGCCUUCAGGAGUUGAUUUUUUGGACUUUCUUUUUCUAUCUAAUAAUGCACUGUUGACCUUAAUGGUGCCUUAUGCAAGUGACUCAGCCCGGUGGCAGCGGGGGUUUUUAUGCUCCCUCGGGAAGUCACAUUUGUUGUAUGGGUGAUUUGACAAGCUCCAUCAAGGCUCAAUUACAGAUGAAGUUGCACCUCUUUUUGUGUUCAGUGACAGUUAUUGUCGUUUAUUUCACUGCUAAUUGUGUUGUUAAAACGGAAAUGCUCCUAAAGACACCUUUUUCAGUCGAUUGAUUUUUGUGUUUUUGAAUCAGAACGCCAGUUAGUUGAAGUUAGACCAUGCAAACAAGACAAACUCUGUAUGUUUAGAGCACUUAAAUUCAUUUAUUAGAUAUUAACUACUGUGUAGUAUGUACUGAAGUCCAUCACACACAACUCUAAUGCUGCAACAGUGAUCUGAUCUAUUCCAUUAAAAGAAUGGUUAUAGCAAACAAUUUUGAUGAUAACGUCAUUGUUUCAGCCGUUUGAUUUUAAGUCCCAGCUUCCUUCAUGUGAGGAUUUGAUGCUUUUUUUUCUUUCAUUUAUCAAAGAAAUUAAUCUCUUGGAUUUUGGACAAAAGAAUCGAUUUGGAGACUAUUGUUUGGCUCUGGCAAAUUGAUUUCUGACAACUUUCUAACAUUUUAUAAACCAAACACUUAACUUUGAAAGUAAACGUAAAGUAAAGUUGAUGUCCACUUUGGAGGUACUAAAGCAACCAGGCUAGGUAACAAAAAAUGCUUUUGCCUGGUUGUUCAGAUUGCUCUUUCUUCCUGUAUCCAACUAUCACCAUCUUCUCCUCCCUGUCCCCAUCCGUCCCAUUUCGUCCCUGCAAGUGGGACUGAAGAAAACGCUAAAGAUUUAUUGUAAUUAACAGGCUGCAGUCAGACAAGCCUCGCCUUGUACUGCCUCUCGGUAAUGAAUUGCUAAAGGCUUUGUUGGCAUGGAAUCUGUCACAGACUGCUGACUGUGUAGGUUGGUUAUUGACCUGUCUGGGGAGCGUUGUUUUAGCCAAGCUGCUACAGUGUUAUGAAAACCACAGGAGGGGGCAAGGAGGAGAUACAGAUCAAACAUUGAUGGUGCAUGUGGAAAUUUGUCAAAAAUCCUGUGACAGUGUCUCCCUUUGAGGGAAAUCUAGAUUGUAUUGGAGGCUGGAGGAGACCGUGAUGACUGUAGGGAUCGUUCUCAGUGCUGUUUCAGGUUAAACUGAUCCACUCGAGAUCAGACACCUUGCUGUAAGAGUUCGAUGUUGCAGCACGUUGCACUGCUGCAUGCGACAACUUAUAGAUUUCAGAUCAGCGGGUGGAGGAGACGGGAUGAGUACAAACUUGAAACUGCUUGCUGUGAUAGAUUUGGGAGUUGCUGGCACGGCCUUUUGUGGCCAAGAGGAAAGGAACAUCCAUUCAGAGAAAAGAGAAGCCAAUACUGUUCAAGAAGUAAUUGAGCCUUGAUUUAGCUCCAUGUUUGCUCGCAUCUUUUACACUUUUAAUCAUCUCCUUCAUCUCACAACUACUCCUACUCCGUCACACACACACAAACACAGACACACACACAGCUCUUUGUUCUCAACUGAAUCUUUGUAUAAAAAGAAAAAAAACAACUUUUGUAAAAUUGUUAUGUUUAUGCUUUAUGAAAUUUUUAUUUGAAAUUGUUUUGCAAAAUUGUUAUAUUUCUGUAUGAAUGUAUUUUUUAUUGGAAUAAUAAGAAAUUCUUAUCUGA